GUCGACAUAUUCGCUUACGUGGCGGCAAAAGAUGCGAAUCCACGCAAGGAGAUCAGCGGAGGCGGCACUUUUGAGAACAUCGAGCUUCCGCAGAGAAAGAAGAGCAGUACUUCUGAAGUGCCAUGCGAGUUGAAACUCGAAUCGGGUCGACAUAUUCGUUACGUGGCGGCAAAAGAUGCGAAUCCACGCAAGGAGAUCAGCGGAGGCGGCACUUUUGAGAACAUCGAGCUUCCGCAGAGAAAGAAGAGCAGUACUUCUGAAGGUGUCGACCAAAGUGUGCUCUGGGAGGGAGUUAACACACUCUGCCAGGUGAUGGAUGCUAUUGUCGAGUCAGAAAUGGAAACGGAUUUCUUUGAGGGAAAAGACGUACUUGAGAUUGGAUUCGCGACUGGUCUCCCAUCUGUCUACGCCUACGAAAAUGGCGCUGCCGAAGUGGUACUGCACAGCAGUGUAAGUCAUUACUUCUACUCUUGA